CGGUUGGCAAGGAAGCCCGAAAAGCAGCCCCAAAAAUGUAUUGGGGGGGGCUCAGGGAGUGUGUGGCAGAGUCAGGAGACAGACCUGAGCCAACUCCCCCUGUUAAUCGUGAGGAGCAGCGAUCAAAGGACUUCUGGACUUGGGAAGAGAUAUUGGACGGAAAAGGACCAUGGGCACAGCCUGGUGAAUAUCGACGCCCCAAAGAAGAACUGGAGGCGGCGAAAGCGGAGAGGCGCUGGUAUGAGGAGGCAGCACGGCGACGCGGAUGGAAGCCUGAGAGUCAGCCCCAAAAAAUUAUUUGGGGGGGGCUCACAGGGAGUAUGGCGAUGCCAGGUAGGAGACCUGCGCAAACUCCCUGUGCUUACCGGGGGGCUAGAGAGACCGGGCAGGCAAUGUGUUAUGCUAUGGAGUGCACGGUGUCUCCAGUGCGGGUGCAUAGCCCGGUGCGGUACAUACCAGCUCUUCGUAUUAGCCGGGCUAGAGUGGGCAUCGAGCCAGGUAAGGUUGGGCAGGCUCGGUGCUCAAGAGCUCCAGUGCGCCUGCACGGUCCGGUCUAUCCAGAGCCACCUCCACACACCAGUCCUCCGGUGGCAGCUACCCGCACCAGGCUUCCUGUGCGUGUCCUCGAUCCAGUACCACCAGUUCCAGCACCACGCACCAGGCCUUCAGUGCGCCUCGCCUCCAGCGCUAUCAGAGCCUUCCUUCUCUCUAGCGCUGUCGGAGCCUCCCGCCUGUUCAGCGCAGCCAGAGCCUUCCUCCUCUACAGCGCUGCCGGAGCCUCCCGCCUGUUCAGCGCAGCCAGAGCUGCCAGCCUGCAUGGAGCAGCCAGAGCUGUCAGUCUGCAUGGAGCAGCCAGAGCUGCCAGGUUGCAUGGAGCAGCCAGAGCUGUCAGUCUGCAUAGAGAGCCAGUCUGCACAGAGCUGCCAGUCUGCAUAGAGCUGCCAGUCUGCAUAGAGCUGCCAGUCUGCAUAGAGCUGCCAGUCUGCAUAGAGCUGCCAGUCUGCAUAGAGCAGCCAGAGCUGCCAGUCUGCAUAGAGCAGCCAGAGCUGUCAGUCUGCAUAGAGCAGCCAGAGCUGUCAGUCUGCAUGGAGCUGCCAGUCUGCAUGGAGCAGCCAGAGCUGCCAGUCUGCAUGGAGCAGCCAGAGCAGCCAGUCUACAUGGAGCAGCCAGAGCAGCCAGAUCUGCCAGUCAGCCAGACUCUUCCAGAUCUACCAGUUAACCAGAAUCUUCCAGAUCUGCCAGUCAACCAGACUCUUCCAGAUCUGCCAGUCAAACAGGAUCUGCCGGAACCAACUACCUGCCUGAGAUUCCUCUCAGUGCUGAGCUUCCUCUCAGUGCUGGGUUUCCACUCAGUGCUGAGCUGCCCCUCAGUCCCGAGUUUCCCCUCAGUCCCGAGCUUCCCCUCAGUCCCGAGCUUCCCCUCAGUCCCGAGCUUCCCUCAGUCCCGAGCUACCCCUCAGUCCUGAGCUACCCCUCAGUCCCGAGCUUCCCCUCAGUCCGAGCUUCCCCUCAGUCCCGAGCUACCCCUCAGUCCCGAGCUACCCUUCAGUCACGAGCUGCCCCUCAGUCACGAGCUGCCCCUCAGUCACGAGCUGCCCCUCAGUCACGAGCUGCCCCUCAGUCCAGUGGGGUUCUGGGUGAGGACUACUAGGCCAUGGUCGGCGGCGAGGGUGGACUAUCCCAGGACGCAAGGGGGAGGAACUAAGACAUUAAUGGAGUGGGGUCCACGUCCCGAGCCGGAGCCGCCAUCAUGGACAGACGCCCACCCGGACCCUCCCUAUGGUUUUGUGGUGCGUCCGGGAGUCCGCACCUUAGGGGGGUGGUUCUGUCACGCCUUGGUCUUACUAUUUUGUGUUUUCUUUAUUAUUUGUUCAGGCCAGGGUGUGACAUGGGUUUAUUGUGUUGUCGUAUUGGGGUUUUUGUAGGUAUUGGGAUUGUGGCUGAGUAGGGGUGUCUAGAAUUGGCUUGGCUGCCUGAGGCGGUUCUCAAUCAGAGUCAGGUGAUUCUCGUUGUCUCUGAUUGGGAAUCAUAUUUAGGUAGCCUGGGUUUCACUGUGUAUUUUGUGGGUGAUUGUUCCUGUCUUUGUGUUAGUUAGCACUAGAUAGGCUGUAUAGGUUUUCGCGUUUCGUUUUGUUGUUUUUUGUAUAUAUAUAGUUAUUUCAUGUAUCGUCGUUUCUUCAUUAAAGAACAUGAGUAACCACCACGCUGCAUUUUGGUCCGCUUCUCCUU